UUAAAGGAGUCCUGACACAAACACUUUGGCCUCGCGUUUUAUUGUUGAAAUGCGUUGCUGGGGGCCAGUUAGUCGUAACACGGCACAUCGUUUGCUGCAGCGUGCAACAGAUGAUUAAUUACAAGUAGGGGGGUCACUUCGUGUCACCUCCGAGGGUGUCACUGCCGCAAAAGCGGCGUGUAGCACUGGAUCACGCACAGGAACUUCAAAGUUCACAUAAAAUACUUUCCAAGCUAUAUUCGCUGUUGAUAUUUUGCGGAUGACAUAUGCAUGCUCACCGCAAUCAAUCCCGCGGGCUGUCUCAGCCGCGAAAUUUUGUGUCAGUACCCCUUUAAGGUAUUCGAGAUCCAUAAGCAAUGCUCCCUCAAUUUUUCCUUCACCCACAUGUUUAGCAGCACAACACUUGCUACAGGCAACAACAUAAUCGUCCAUCAGUAAAAACCAAACCAAACCUAAUCUAACCUAACCUAACCUAGUCAAGCCAUGUGACUUGCAUCAUCAUGCAUUAUGCAAUACCAAGUAGCCAGAUUAACACACAAGCACUAACAUGUUUUGUGGCAUCAUUCAAAUGCAGUACCCAUCAAGACGAGAGCACUGGAGUUGCAACAGGGGUGGAGGAGUCUCUUCAUGCCGAACGAAAGUUCAUUGUGUUUGAGAGCUCCCUCCGAGACCUGCUUGCCAAAUGCUCAGUCUGUGGCCAAGCAGUAGGCGACUUGAAGUUCAGCGUUGUGGGAACACUGGUCACUGCAGAGGGAGUGUGCGAGCAACAGCACCAGCUUCGCUGGAAAAGCCAGCCACUUGUCAAAGGUAGCGGAGCUGGGGCAGGCAACCUUCUCCUGGCUGCUGGCAUGCUCUACUCGGGCUGUGUGGUGGCUUCAACGAUUCGGUGCCUGAAUUCCGUUGGCAUACAAACCAUCACGGAGCGCACCUUCUACAACUAUCAGAGGGCCUACUUGCUCCCUGCAGUAAAACAGUCACCCGAAGUCCCCAACAGCGUCUCAAUGGAGAAACAAGGACUUGCGAAGUGCCUGACUGCUGUGGAGGAACUAGGCAUCCACAUAGGCUCGCUGACAACAGAUCGACAUCCUGGUGUCAAGCAGUACUGCCGCAAACACAAGCCAAACAUACCACACUGGUAUGAUGUUUGGCAUGUUGGUAAAGGCCUCAAAAAAAAGCUCCUGGCUGCCAGUCGCAGACAUCGAGUUCUGUCUCCUUGGAUCCAAAGCAUCAUCAACCAUCUUUACUGGGUUGCUGCAAUGGGCCAAGGAGAUGGAGACCUUGUUGUCAGCAUGUGGAGGAGCCUGCUGAACCAUGUUUGCGACAAACAUGAUGGCCACGAUGGUCCCUACGAGAAAUGCCUGCAUGACCAGCUUGAGGACAGGGAAUGGUUGAGCCCAACAUCACCUGCAUUUCUCCAACUAAAGACCAUCGUGGACAAUCCUCUACUUUUGAGAGACAUUCGCCGGCUCUCUCCCGAGGUGCAAACGUUCUCAUUGGAGUCGUUCCACAGUGUGCUGAACUGCUUCGCGCCGAAAGCUAAUGCUUUCUCAGAGGACGGCAUGCAAGCAAGGACAUGGCUCGCUGUACUUCACUUCAAUGAGAAUGCCAAACGGCAACAGGCGCAUACUCGGGAGGGAGAGGAGCAAUGGAAGCUGAAAUCCUCCAAGGCGAGGCGAGGUCACUUUACUGUUGCUGCAGUCAAAGAGAAGCCUAGCUAUGUGUCCUGGCCCGAUAGUGAUAUCGUUUCUCUUCACCAUGCAGGAUACGUCGAAGAGCUGCUGAAGAACGCUGUGGACCUCUGUGAGCACUCGUCGUACAAGGAGAGUUUCAACAACGCGGCAGUUCAGCCGUGCCAUAUGUCCCUCGCAUAUGAACGGCCAUCAAAGGAGGAGCUCAUUGCUCAGAGGCGCACACGCUUUCCUACACAAUCACCCUCAUGA